GAGGGGACUAGGGCCGGCGGUCAGACGGUGUUACCCGGUUGGGCGGGCCGGCCGGCCAGGCAGGGGUUUGUGGGUGAGCUUUGGGUUCCCCGCCCGCUGAGGAGAUGGAUGAGGAUGGGCUUCCUCUCAUGGGGUCAGGCAUAGACCUGACUAAGGUGCCAGCUAUUCAACAGAAAAGAACGGUGGCAUUUCUAAACCAAUUUGUGGUGCACACUGUACAGUUUCUCAACCGCUUUUCUACUGUUUGUGAGGAGAAGCUGGCAGACCUUUCUCUUCGUAUUCAGCAAAUUGAAACAACUCUGAAUAUUUUAGAUGCUAAGUUGUCAUCUAUCCCAGGCCUAGAUGAUGUUACAUUUGAAGUAUCUCCUAUAAGUGUCAGUAGUAUCACAAACGAAUCACAUUCUGUGACCACUUCAGAGCAACCACAGCAGAACAGUUUACAAGACUCUGGACCACAGGAAAGUGAAGUAACACCAGAAAAUAUCUUAACUGUAGCCAAGGAUCCAAGAUAUGCCAGAUAUCUCAAAAUGGUUCAAGUGGGUGUUCCGGUGAUGGCAAUAAGAAACAAAAUGAUAUCAGAAGGACUAGACCCAGAUCUUCUUGAGAGGCCAGAUGCCCCAGUGCCUGAUGGUGAAGGUGAAAAAAAUACAGAAGAAAGUUCAGAUAGUGAAUCUUCUUUUAGUGACUAAGCUUAAUUUUGAUAGCAAUUACAUAUACAUGUGUUGGUUCACAUUUACAUUCUAUAAUAGAGCCUGAACUCAUAGUCAUAAAAACAUCAAAUGGCUACAUAUCAACCACCAAGUGUUAAAAAAAUAAAUAAAUAAAGCAUUUAUAAUAA